CCUCUCUCUCUCUCCCUCGUUACAGACCAUAUGACUGAGUCAACCUCAGUUCUUACUUUGUAGCCAAGUCGAGAUAAGACUUCUGGGAAUCUUAGCCUGGUUGGAAUGCAUUCAUCUGCUGAACACCUUUCUAAAAUACUCAGCUCAAAUUAAUGAAGUCUACGUAAGAGGCCUGCGUCCACCAUGCCGGCCCCCGGGUUGUGUAUGUUUACAUUUGAGUCUACGGUUCAUCCCUCCCGGGUGUUGCGGUGCCUGGAGGAGCAGCGUCAAAAUGACACCUUGUGUGAUAUCACUGUGGUAGUGGAGGGCCAGAGUUUCAGAGCCCACCGCUCAGUCCUGUCUUCCUGUAGCGAGUACUUCUACCACAGGAUCUCUUCGCUCUCCCAGCGCGGAGCGGUCAUGGUUGCGCCGCAGGAGGUGACAGUAGCAGGCUUUGAACCUUUGCUGACGUUUGCCUACACAUCCAAGUUGCUGUUCAGCAAAGACAAUGUCUUUGAAAUACAAAACUCAGCUUCCAUACUUGGUUUCAAAGACCUAGAUGAGGCCUGCUUUGAUUUUCUACUCCCCAAGUUCUUCCCCAACACCACCAGGGCUGUGCCUUUUCAGAGAAAGACCUGCUGUAAGAAGACGUGCAAGAGGCGAUCAUCAAAUGAGGACUAUGUAACAGAUUCUGAUGAGGUUUUGUUGAAAGAUGAAGUAAAACCAGUUUCCGACUCACCAUUUCAACAGGAAGCCAGCUGCCAUGCUAACAAGUCAGUAAAUAACAGAAAGCUCAGUCCAGGUUCUGUUACACCUGUUGCUGAUUCACAGUCUGAACGACCAACCGACUGUUUCACACAAUGUCCAAAGUACCGCAAGUUCCAGUUGGCUUGUGGGAAGGAAAGCUUAAACUUUACAACAGCAGUGAUCAAGGAUGGCUGUGACAUAUUUCAGGUGCCCUGCUCCAACAGUACAAACAAAAAUGAAACUAAAGAUGAAUUCCCUGAAGCAAGUUUCAGUGAUGCAUGGAAAAUCCAAAUAUGCGACAGGAAAACAGAGAAAGAAGUGGGCAGCAAAGAAGCUGAUCAGGAUAACAGAGAAACAGAUAAAAGGGAAGAAAAACUGGGAACAGAUUUAGUGAAAACAGAAAAGAAAAUGGAACCUCUCAGCUUCUCUCAGUUUACAGACAGAUCUGCUUUCAAGGAAGUUGCCUUAGGGCUAAAGACCGAGAUAGGUGCAAGGUUGCAAGAGUCACCAUUGCCCUACUGUAACCAGAAGGUCUUUGGUGAUGGCUCUGCAAUCACUGCACCACUGUCACAAGAGACAUUUCUGACAGACUCAACAGAGGAAAAGAAGAUGGGUGAAUCUGACAUGGCAUCCAUUUAUCAAAAAACAGAGGCACAAACUAAGAGUAAAUGUACUGAGAUGGAUCCUGGCGAAGAAAGAGGGAAAGUAGAAGAAAUGGUUGAAAACGCAGAGAGAAAUGGCAAAGAGGUGACCAGCGUGGAAAGGGAGGUGGCUGAAAACCUUUCCACGAGGCUGGGAGCUGACCUAUGCUCGCCUCUGUUGGCGUUUGCAGACCCAGAUGCAGGAUCUUCCUCUGAUACAGCAAGCAAACAAGAGCAGGACAUCCUCAGUUGCACAAAGUCCAGCUGCCUGUGUCUUCAAGUUGUGAACCGAAGCACAACAGCGGUUUUAUCUGAGAGUGAGGGGGCAUCUCAGUCAUCUCUCAACUCAGGGGAGGAUGGAGACUCAGACACAGAAACAGAAGGAGACAGCGAAUCCUACACAAGAGAGAGGGCAAGGCAGGUCCAGUUGCCAUACUCUGUGGAAUGGGUCGUGAACCUGAGCAGAAAUGAUUUCCAGCAGCUACUGAAGCAACAAGUGUUUACGCACGAACAGCUAGAUGUGGUGCACGACAUGCGGCGACGCAGCAAGAAUCGCCUCGCAGCUCAACGCUGUCGCAAGAGGAAACUAGAAUGCAUCUACAACCUGCAGUGUGAAAUCAACAAACUGAAGACAGAACGGGAGAAACUGAUGUUGGAAAAGAGCCAGCUGAGUCAGUUGAAGUCGAAAACCUGUCACAGUGUCUCCACUUUAUGCCAGAGAGUGUGCAGCGAGGCCAACCUGCAGCCAGAGCAGCUUCAGGUGUUAGCUAAAUACGCCUCUUCGGAAUGCCCCAUGACCACUUUCUUUCCACACAUUGACUCAGUGCUUAACCAACAUGAGGGUCCAAUCCAGGCUCAGGCUUCAGUCUCAGCCUGUUCUGAAGACUCUGAUCAGUGUACGGCGUCCAGGUCCAGCAGGGACACAAAGAACAGUCAACACUCAAGCACUUAAACCAUGUUCACAUUAUGGCAACAAAACAGUUUUCAUGCGUUUCCUUUGUAACUGUGUGUGUGAUGAUGAGAAAUGUAAUAUGCACUUCUGAAUGGCACCACAUUAAAAGAUCCGAUUCCUUGAACUUAAACAUAUCUUUGUUUAACUAGACAGUGAGUUUAGUGUAAGGCAUAGUUGUAGAGAAUAACCUAGAGGGCAUAGAGUAUAGACGCCUUUACGGUGUCAAAUCUCGCACGUAAUCACGUUCUCGCUGGGGAGGCUGAGAUUUCGUUGUCAGUGUAAACAGGCGUUUGUGGGUGGUGGAAUGGACAAGCAACAAACAACUUGUUUGCAACAUUACGUUGUUAUGGAGGUGAGUUCAACCAAAAUAUGUAUUUAGGUGUUUAACUAAGAUAACCAUGAGUCUUUAAUGUGAGUUUUAUAAAAAAUUUUAAAAAAGAAAAGAAAAAAGCGUAUUGCUGUUUGGGUUGUGUGUCAGGAACUGGUUCUUUUCGAGUGUCCUUAAGAAAUGAUUCGAUCCAUCUAUAGCCUUGUGACUUAUCUUAAUUUUUCGCUAAAACCCCAAAGAGCACAUGUCUGUGAGUACUAUUUACCUUUUUUAUGUUAAACCAACCUGUUAUGGUCUUCUGAAACAGUUGAUAGAUGUAUUUUAUAACUUAAAAACGGGACCGAUUCUAACGCGUUAGCAUGUCUAUGGGAUUUUCAAUGUUAAAGUUAGCAUUAAGCUGAGCCAUUAUCAAGACUCCCUCCCCAGCGUACAAAGGAUUCUGGGAUACUUUAAAACCGUGAAUAGAGUAGCAUAGGCUGUCUGCUCACAAUGGAGGAAAAGCUCAUGCUAAUAACAUACUGUAUAUAGUAUCAGAAUUUCCAAAAGUGUGCAACAAGAAUUUAGUUUCUUGUUGAGACCAAAGUCAAAUAAAAGACUAAUGUUGAUGUGGAAAUGUCAGCUUUCAAAUGCAGCUGUUCAUUGUUAAAUAAAAGUUGUCUGGAGUCUAAGUUUGGUAAAGCAAAUAUAGGAGACCUAGUGACAGGGCUAAUGUUAGAUAUAUUUUGCAAUGGGUGCAAACCAGAAGAAAUAAUCACCACAAACAUUUGUAGGGUGGUAAAGAACUGACACAGAGUCUUGGCCACAAUCAUACAGAUACACCUUUAGAUUCAGACCCACAUGGACACAUAAGAGCUUGAUGAACAAUAGCACAUGGUCUAAAGAGUAUAGCACAAGCGCAUUUGGGCAUAUCCAACGCUACUUUCUUACUUUUACAGGGAGUAAUCUGACUGUAAAAUAAAGCACUGAGGCCCAAAGGGUAUUGAUACCUGAAGGAUAAAAAUCUGAGACCAUCGUCCUUUGUUACACAAGGGUGGAUUAUUCUCUCUGUGUCAGGGGAGAGAUACUACCCCAAGUAUCUUGUGGUCUUGUUUGCGAGUGGGGCUGAGAUGGAACGUAAGAUUGACAGACAGAAUGAGGCUGCAUCUGAGAUCCUGCAGAUGUAACAGAUCAUCGCCAUGAAGAAAGAGCUGAGCCACAAGGUGAGGCUCUUGUUUUGCCAGUCGAUUUACUCUCCUAUCCUCACCUGUGGUCAUGAGCUUUGGGCAAUAAGAAAUGCCAAUAAGAAAUGUGGAAUAAGCUGCUUGGUCUACUGCCACUGUGACCCGGACCUGGAUACGCAGCAGAAAACAAAAGAAUAAAUGAGGAUAAAAAUGUGUGACUGUGAUGGUAAACAGUAAAACUUUACACAAUCAUGACAAUAUAUAAAGAAAACCACAAUCAACACAAGUUUUAACACUUUAUUAAAGUAACAUCUGACAUUCAGGAACCAACUUUGUUUUUUCAUGAACAGGGAAGCUAGGAUGACACCCCCCCCCCCCCCCCCGCCCCUUUGCACUCCCACAACCUCAACACGCAAUCACGAUGUUCCCAAUCACGAUGUUCUGAUUAGGGUGGACCCCUUAAUCCAGUAUUUAUUUUUGGGACCAUCCUGAUUGUGUUUUGUGAUCAUCUAAGGAACCUUUAAAAAAGUUGGCUUGGUUUAGUCACUGUAGCUUCUGUGGGGAUUGUUUUCAUCUUUGAAGAUGGAUUACUCAGCUUUUCUCUGACAGAAAAAUAUAUCAACCAGCCAAUGUAUCUGGGAUCCAUCGUAAGACAAUCAGAGACAACCAUCCCUUUAUUAUACAUUAAAGAGGACACAUUGCUGUGUCGUGAAUCACAGGUUGAUUUCCUCAGGAGGACUAUCGCUUCAUCAUUGUCUGAUAUCUCAUACAAAUCACAAUUUGCUCAGGUUCUUGAAGUGCUUCAGGUUCUGCAGGAUUGUAGAAUGUGCAGUACCUCUUCUUUAACCACCAAACAGUGUGAGAAACUGUAGAAUGUUUCACCAAACCAGACAGCUUAAAAAAAAAAACAGACCUGACACAUGUGUCAUGUUGUUCUCGUGGGCUUAUAUUCCACACUGUCACUGUGGUUCUCUUUGCUCAGCAAACCACAGUGAUGCAGCUAUUUUCUGGGUUACAACACCUCACAGAUGUUUCUUCAGACUGCCAAAGGCCUCACAAAAACACACUAACAUUUCUUUUAAAUGGGAAGUGCACUUUUACAUUUAUGGAUUUGUAUUAUGUGAUUUUUUUUUUUCUUUUUGUACUUUGUACUUUAGGAGGUGAAUAGUUAAGUUUACUUAAAACUUAUACAUGUAAUCAGUUUUUGUGAUGUUUCAUACAAAAAUUUAAAUGUGCUUAAAAGUCCCCUUUAAUACUGUAUUAUAUGUAAAUAUGUAAUAUUUUACUUUUAACAACUAUGCAGAUGAUAAUUAUUUUUUGUGUAAAAGUGAGAAAUGAAAAAGGAAAGAAAUGAGUUAUUUCAUGAU